AUGCCGCCGUUCCGGAUACCAUUCACGUCGCGCAAGGGUCCGGUGACCAACGGCACCGAGGUCACGGAUGAGAACGCACGGCCGGGCCCUCGCGAUGUCAAAGCGUCAAACAGCCCAUACUCGAGCAAGCCUUCGCUGGCGCUGGGCAAGAAGGAGAGUCAAGACGAGCCAAACGAGUUCCAGCUGAGUUCGGUCGACAGCAGGGGCCAGUUUGUGGCACCUGAAGCGGCAGAGAAGACGUCCUUCUGGGCAAAGUCACCGUCAGCGACGUCGAACCACCGGAGUCUAGUCAGCGAGCACGAGCCAUUCUCGAUCUCUCGGGAGUCUUUCGACUCGUAUAGGCGGUCUUUCAAGGACGUGUCAGGACGCUCUCCCAUCACUCACACCGACAGCUUCAACUCUCGAACCUCGUUAGACUCCCGCAGUUUUCAGCACUCUCGACCUUCGCUCAAUGGUAAUACCUUCGAGCGACCGAGCCUGGUCCAUGACGACUCUUUCGAUGAUGUCAAGCUCAACGAGGACUUCGCAAAGACACAGCCAAAGAAGAAGUCAUUUCUGUCGCGGUUCAGUGAGACAACAGAGGACGCCGCACCAGCUCCCAAAGAUGGCAAGCAUUCACACUUCCAUUUCGGUCGUAAGCGAGGUCAAAGCGGAUCUGGACAAGAGCUCGGAGAUUUCCUUGGAGAUCACACCCUCGACAAGCACGAUGUUGUGGCGUCACCACCCUGGCAUAUGCGAUAUACCGGUCUGGCUCUCACAGCAACCGCCAGAGCAGACCAACAGGAGGAGAUAUGA